CCAAUCCAGCAGAGGAACCUGAGAAGGAGUAGGAGCAGAAGCAGGAACAAACCCUGCACAGCCACUCCUACAACACAGCAACCGCCUACAAAGAGAAACAGCAAAACGACUCCUCUGAUGAUGACUCCUCUGAUGAUUCCUCCUCCGAUGACUUUGACACCGACUCCGAAGACACCCCCCGCGACCCCAACAUCCCGAACUCAACCUGGACCUCCCUGCAAGCCUUCAAAGCUACCGCAAGACAACAAGCAGCCCACCGCGCACGCCCAACUCACCGACAUAAACUACAAACUCUCAGCCGUGGCAAAUAACCAGCUCUAGCGGGGGAAUAUGACACGCUCGUUGCUGCGCGCGGAGGAGAGGAGGGAGGGGGGAGGAGAGAGGAGAAGAUUCAGAAUGCUUUGAGGAAGAUGAGGAAGUGCGUGGCAGGGUAUGAGUGGACUAAGGUUGAAGGGGGUUAUCUGUGUGCGGGUGGGAGUCAUUUUGUUGAUGAUGGUGAGGUUAAGAAUUAUUUGUUUGCUUAGGUGUGGUGUGGUGGUUAGGGUUUUUGGUUUGUUUUGCUUGCUGCUUGGAGUAAUAGACUGUGAUGACUACGGUAUGAAGAAC